AUGUGUCUAUUCACCAACGUCACUGUCACCAUCCUCUUCGUCGGUCUUCAAUUAUUCAUGUCCCUCCAUUCGCUCUUCACAUUCUUGUCUUCCCCGCCCUCUGUCCGCAAGGGGAAAGUGCCCUACAUCGCCACUUCACUCCUUAUCGUCUUCUUCGCUCUAACGGCGUCGCUGGAUGCAUAUACCAACGCUCGGACAAUGUUUGAGACUAAGAGCGGGUCACAGUUCAUUGAACUGACAGGACAAAUAGAGUGGGAGUGGUCUAGGAUCUUGAGUCUAGUCUCUCUUUUCAUGGCGCUUUUCAUCGGCGACGGCCUUUUGCUGUAUAGGGCCUUUAUCGUCUGGAAAGAUCAAUGUUUCGUCCUUAUCGUCCCCGGUCUCUGCUACCUUGCGUCGAUGGGCCUUGGAUUUUACAUCGCUUCCCCUCUCAAGACAGACGCCUGGAAUGAGCAAUCCAGAGCAAUCGCGAGCGCCUUCACCUUCCUCGCUGUCUCCGUGAACACCAUGGUCACAAUUCUCAUCUGUACCCGUCUCUUACGCGCUCGGCGAUCCAUUGCGCACGCGCUUCCCGACCAACACUUGAGGGUCUACACCAAGAUUGUCAUCGUGUUGAUCGAAUCUGCGUUACCGGUUACGGUGUUCGGAAUAGGCUAUGCCAUCUCUCUCGUCAUUCCUAUGGGAAAGACGACCCAACUAGCGACUGUUUGGCAGGUCAUGUCGCUGAUUUUCGCGCUGCUAUAUUUCGGUUUUGCGACAUUAUCGCCCCAACUUAUCAUCUUCCGGGUGACGUCUGGCCGGUCGUGGACCAACUCGACUGAAAUGACGGGUGGGCCCCAUGUUGGGGGCCAUGGCUCCAAAACGCUCACGUCCCAGCCCAUCAGGUUUGCUUCUAUGGCGACCUCUAAGGACGCUGAGAACUCUAUUUUCUCGCUUCGAGGCGAGGUCGAGUCGGGGGUUGAUCACGGGAUGACUGGUACUAAACGCGAUGCACAAGAGUUGUAG